CGCAGGAUAAAGCCCUAGCGCUACUCGUGGGAUAAAGCCCUACUCUGCUGAGCUAUGCUCGUCAAAACAGCCAGAGCUAAACAGUGAAAAGGCCCUAAUACCAUCAGCGAGAUUCUAUUAAAAAAAAACUUUUGUUACUAUUGUUCUGUGCUCUUGAAUCUUGAAGUCUUGACGGCCCGCGCCCCGCAGUCGCAUAUGGAAUAGUGCAUUGGGAAAAUAUUAUAUUAUUAGUCUUGAAUAGAGGAAAGACUGGCGCGGACAAUGUAUUUAAUGAAAACUAUUGUUCCAAUGAAUAGUUGUAUAGAUCUACCAACUUGCAUGUAUAAUAUGAGGAAUCCUACGCAAGAAAUUUCCAAAGAUGACAUUGAUAUAAAAAUAUGUGACCAGGUUAUACAAUUAGUCAAGAAUACAUCACAUACAGCUAUGUUAGAUCUUGAGGAAAGACAAAAACAACUACUAAACAAGUUGGAUAAACUUCAUGAUCAAAUAAAUAUAAUAAGAUCUUCUUGCAAGUUUGAUAAUAUAAAACAAGACAAUUCUAUUGUUGCACUAAAACCAAUUAAGGAGCAUCUGAAUGAAGUUGUGAUCACUAUAAACCAAGAUAAAUUACCAUGGUUUCUGAAACCUUUGUUAACUAAAAAUCCAGGUUUAAAAUAUACAUGGCACAUUCAUUCCUCGGUCCUUGCUAACAAAAUUCAAAAAAUUCAGGCAUUUUUCAAAAACAUCAAUAUGCCACCAGCAGGAAGCAAUACUCCCAGAGUAAAUUUAAGGAUAAUAUUUAAAAAAAGUGCUACAGAACUAAAAAUUUCAUCUCUUGGGUUACCACUUCGGGGUAAUGUGAAUAUUUUACGAUACCUUUGUGAACAGUACCCAAACACUGCUGUAUACAGUUACAAUGAUUUUGAAAUGGAAAAUUUGCUGGAUACUUGCUAUUUGCUUGAAAAUGCAUCGGAGGCUCAAAAACAAAUCUUGUGUAAAAAGUUAUUUGCAAGUAAUGAUAUUCAAUGGGUUUUUAGGAAUCAGUUUAGCAUUAUAGAUCUUGCUUUAUACAAUGAGAUAAAGCAAAUUCAGAAUUAUAAAAAACUUGUACCUCAAAAAUGGCUUUCUAAUUGUGAAAAAAUUAUAGAGAAGUAAAUGUUCUAUCCAUAACAA